AUGGAACAGAAGGAAAUUAAUGAUUUAGGUUUUUCUAGACGGAACUUAAGGUCGUGUGGAAAGAAUGCUGGCGAGGAGAAAGGAGAUGAAAAUAUCAAUGAAGGCAAAGAAAAUACCAAAGAUAAAGAUGCAAUCAGAAAAGAAUGUGUAAAUGCCAAAGAAUCGUUGACCGACGAUCUUGAAGAUAAACCUGCAGAGAGUGAUGAACUUCCUUCUGUGAAAGUUGACUGUAAAUCAGAAGAAAGUGAUUGUUUGAGCAGUCCAUUAAAAAUAAAGAGACCGAGGAAGCAGUAUGUUCGCGAAAGAUGCAGCCGUAGACUGUCGAAUAUCUCUGGAAUCACUCAUUCUGAUUUAGCAGAGGAUUCUACGAGAAUGGUCGAGGGUAAGGAGGUUUUGCCUAAAGUUAAUGAUAAAGAUUCAGAAAUAGGGGAUAGUGAAGUUUUGAAAACUAAAGUUAGGUCGAAUGAUGCGAAAUGCCACGUUGAAGAGGUUGUGAAUAAGGUUGAGCCACAAAUACAAGAGGCAGUUACGGAUGAUGAGAUUAUUGAUGUUGUUGCUGUGAACAAGAAUGUGAAAGAAGAGGCUCAGCCCAAAGCAGUGUCUGAGGAUGUCAAGAAAUAUGUAGACACAAAUGGCAACAAUGAAAACGUUGAUAAACAAAAGAAUGCUUUUGAAGCAGAACUCAGGCAUCGACAGAACGAAGAAGGCACUGACGAGCAACCAGUGAAACGGAAAAGGGGAAGACCACGGAAAUUUCCCAUUUCUGGGAAGAAAGAAUCUACGCCAAAAAGAGAAGAGUUAAGAAAAACUUCGUCAGCAGUAACAAUCAAGGACCCUGAUGACGUAGAGAGUUGUGAGGAGGACAGUAAUAUGUCUCGAGUUUUGCGAAAGACAUCUCGAGAGCCAGCAAUAACGCCAACAACUGCCAGGUCAAUUUUAGCUGCACAGACUGUGCAAGUGUACCAAACGAAAGCUGACUACACUCCUGAUAAAAAGAACUCUAAUAAAGUUUUGAAGCGAACCCCGUUGAGCAAACCUGUGAAGUCACCCAGGGUAACUCCAACGCGUUCCAAUAAACUCACUCCAAAGACAACACCAACUACACCAAAACGAUUUGAUACCAGUGGGAAACUCUCGUCCAGGGAAAGGUCUGAAAAAGGAGGCUCUGGUGUAAAAUUUUCGGGUAUAAAGAAGUCUCAAGAGAAAAAGUCGGCUUCUAAAAUGUCUAGUCAAAAAUCGUCAGAGAAGCGGAAGCCUGGCAGGCCACCAGCAGCGAAGUCACUUGAAAAGAAUAAUUCUUCGAUUGGAAUUUCUAAAAGAAAAUUGUCUUUUGAUGAAAAGCAGAAAGAUUUAAAGAAGAUGAAAAGAUCCAGUAAUAAUAAGGAUGCCAAGCCUACCCAAAGAUCAAGGGGACGCACCAAAGCUGCAAAAUCGGACGAAGAUGUCGAGUCGGUUGCAAGUCAGGGUAGCAGUGAUUUUGAAAAUAUCGUUUCCGCAGCAGACAUCGAAAUGUUCAAAGAGACCCAGGAGAAAGUGAAUCUCAAAAUGGAUACUGUUAAUGACAAUGCCAUGGAACAAGGAAUAAGGAAAGUUGAAUUCGGUGACUUCGAAAUCGAUACAUGGUACUCGUCUCCAUAUCCAAGCGAAUACAAAAUCCUUGGCAAAGUUUUCGUUUGCGAAUACUGUUUGAAGUAUACGAAAAGUGCAACCAUUCUGCGAAGACACAUGGCAAAAUGCUUAUGGAGACACCCGCCAGGCGAUGAGAUUUACCGAAAAGGAAACAUUUCAGUCUUUGAAGUUGAUGGAGCAAAGAGUCAAGCAUAUUGUCAAAACCUGUGUCUUUUCGCCAAGCUUUUCCUCGACCACAAAACCCUUUACUAUGAAGUGGAGCCAUUCUUGUUCUAUGUAAUGACCGUUGCUGAUACCUCAGGUUGCCACAUGGUGGGAUACUUCUCCAAGGAGAAGGUAUCUUUUCUAAACUAUAAUGUAUCCUGUAUUCUGGUAAUGCCACAUUGCAUGCAAAAGGGCUAUGGAAAAGUUCUUAUCGAUUUUAGCUACCUCUUAUCUCGUGUGGAAGGGAAGAUAGGCUCACCAGAGCGUCCGCUGUCAGAUCUAGGGCUGAUUAGCUAUCGAAGUUAUUGGAAAGAUGUUUUACUGCGAUACCUCAAUACUUUUCCAGAUGCACAAGUCAGCAUAAAAGAAAUGAGCCAGAAAACCUCUGUAAUGUCAAACGACCUGAUAAGUACAAUGCAGUAUCUUGGUAUGCUGAAAUAUUGGAAAGGAAAACACAUGAUCACAAUCCAGCAGGAUAUGUUAGACAUAUAUGAGAAGAAAAGUAAAGCUCGUGACAGGAUAAAAAUGGAUAUUGAUGAAUCUUGCCUCGAGUGGACGCCAAAGGAUUAUGGGCAAGCUAAAGGCAGGGUAAAGAUUCCCUGAAAAGAGAUGGAUACUAUCGCCCAUAUUUUUUGGCAUAGAAUUUCUGGCAUUGAAAUGCGCAAUUUUAUCGGCAUUAUUAGAUGACUGAAUUUUAAUGCAUACGAAAUCGAUUCCAUUAAUUCAGAAAGCUCCCUAUACUUAAUACGUCCCUGUAUUCUGUGAUUCUGUUUCAUGGAGUUUUCAUUUUGGCCUCGUGGUGAACCGAACAGCUUGUUAUUUAUUCCUUGCUGGGACUCAAAAGAACUCAAAAUCAUUUCAGCAGCUAUCGAGAGAAUGUGAAGACAGUUUUCUUUGAGUAUGUAAUGCACUGAGAAAACCAUUUCCAUUCAUUUUAAUAGCAAUGCUUAACAAAAUUGAACAUUUUACCCACGAACACACUUUGUGCAAUCAUUGUAGUAUUUUAGAUGUAUAUAGUAAAGUAAUCUAGUUGAUAUAAAUAGUACCGACGAAAUGAUAUGUUGUAUUAUUGUUUUUUGUUGCAACAUAAAAUUUUCAAGGUUUUUUAGAUCUGACCCGCCAAUUUUGAAGAAAUUUUAGUCAAAAUUUUAUUGAUAUUUUACUGAGAUUAGAUUCCUGUUGAAGCCAACUUCAUCGGUCACGAUUAAUCAGCACUAAACAACGAAAACUUAAGUAAAUUUUAAAUGUAACAAUGUACAUUUUAAUGGAAUGUGGAGAGAAUUUUUGUUCUGUAAAGACGGAACUCUAUCUGCCUUUUUCCAAAACAGUAUGCCAACAGUCAGAUUCUUUAAAUGGGGCUGGGCGUUUAUUGGUUAUGUGGAUAUUUGACUUAGCUGCUUAGACUUACUCCAUGAGCCUCUGUUUUGCUACUGCCUCACUUGACCAAUCAUAUAGAAGCGCCGAAGGAGCUAGAUGUCUAACUCGGGCCAUGCUGCGUACUGCCGAGUGAGGCAAAUUUGUUAACUCCCGCCAUUUUAAAUAGUGGCAAAAAGCGAGCUGCAAUAGGGUUCAGUAUGGAAAAUUGCUUGUUUUAAUGAAUGAUUUUCUCGUGGCUCACAACUAUUUCAGUGCUUUUCUGAUGCAGGUAGUUAGAGGAGAUAUAAAUCAACAAAAAAGUGGCGAUCGCCACCCGGGCCCUGUGUGCAAAAAAUUUACGGCCUUUCCGCGUUGGAGAAAAUUUUUUAACUUAAUGUCAAAUAUUUAAUACCCUAGACUGAUUGUAUUACGAUUAAAGUCUCAAUACACGCGCUUCAAACCACCCAAACCCUGGUUUCCGUUAUUUCAGCCAUGUAUUCAAUCUUACGUGUACCCUGGGUCCAAGAGCCAAAAAAUUUCGAGCGCGUAAACAGAAUGCCAAGCAGAGAAGCGAAUCAACGUACUCUUAUCUUCUAUUUCCGCUCCCUAAUUUAUGUGGCUCUGAUGCCCAGGGUAUCUGACUGUCAGAGACAGUGCUGUGGGAACGAAAUUCAUAUUGGGGGGGGCUGCUCAUUGUAUUUAUUUCCACUUAGUACACUGUUAUACAGGACAUAAGGCUUAGGCUGCAAUUAUUGGGAGGGGGGCUUCAGUAAAUGAAAAUAACGUAAAAUUCAAAACAGGAAUUUCAGAAGAGAGAUGACAAGGGGUCGUCACUUUCAUCUGGUUACAGAGAUCUGUAUCAGGAUUUAACAAUGCUAAGAAGAUUUGUUGACACAAAGAGAAAGCAAAAGAGCAAUAAGAGCCUUUUUUCAAAAUUUCAAGUUCAUAGAAUGUCAGAAUUGCUGGCAUUUGCAAAUUGCUACCAGCAGCUCAUCGAUCAAGUGAAAACAACAACUGGUGGAAAUAGAGAUCCUGAAAACAGAUGAUCUCAAGGAACCAGCUCUUAGAGAAGAAACUUAUGGAGAGGAAAACUGUGACUUUCAAGGUGGGGAUUCACAAAGAGAGAAAGGACCCCAAAGUCGACAUCGGCACCCUUUAUCAAAAGGGUAAAAGCUUGCCAACUGUGCAUACCCUGUGCGUUAAAAUUUUUGUACCGACGCUCAUUUUUAUUUUUUUUUAUAAAUUCAUAUCUUUAUCAUAUAUAACAAUUUUAUAAGAAUAUGAGCAUCAAAACUGGUCAAAAGUUGAGAUCAAAUUAGGAACAAGCUAAGGCUGAGUUACUAUUUAAUACAUUUUUGAACAACAUUUUAUCCCAAAAAGAGGAUUUUUAGCCAUGUGUGGUUGCUUUUCGGUGAAAAUAUUCAAUCUUGUCGUCAAAUGAAGGCUGUCUCACUCACUUUGUUGGCAAAUAAUGCCUGAACACCUCCCAAGAGCGAAAAAGCUAGCAAUCGCACUGCUUACACCCUAAUAAUUUAAGAACAAAUUAAGGACAAUCCACCCUCGGAUUUUUGCGAAAAUUAAGAACAGUCAGCCUGAACCUAAAUUUACUGGUUUUUAUAAAAAAAAUAAUUAGUGAAUACAACAUGCACCUAGCAGCAUACCCUUCCCUCUACAACGCGUAUAAAUGCUUGAUGACACUUAGCUGCACCCAAGUUUCCUUUGAAAGAUUAUUCAGCGCUACUGAUAAUUUCAAAGAAGAGAAAAUUU